AUGUCGAAUCAAAAUGCUUCAGAGUCCGAGGGGUCCUCGUCAGCGUCGUCGCCAACAUCAGAGACCAAGCCACAAAUGGUUUCCAAAUCCAGCUCAUCAAAGAAAGCCAAUAGAGUUUCCAAACCGCGCUUGACAGCAUCACAAAAGAAUUUCAACCACAAAGACGCCGAAAACAAAAGGCGCACCGCCAUCAGAGAACGCUUCACUGAACUCUCAAACCUCGUACCGGGAGCCCUUGGCCACGAGAGGAGUGAGCAGGUGAUGCUGGGAAAGUCCACUGACUAUUUAAGGGAGAUGCUACUGGAGCAAAGGCGGCUAGAGGAGAUGGCCCAGAAGCAGGGCAUCACUAUUGACUCUGGAGAGCCAAUUAGGGAGGAUGACUUUGGGGGUCCGAAAUGGAAAGCCAAUAACAUGAAGCAGUACGAGGCCAGCAAGCAGAAGAAAGAUGGCGAUGAGUCCCAUCAAGCCAACGACCAAGGAGAUGAGGAGAACGACUGA